UGUUGUGGUGGUACUCCUCGUGGUGGCCCUCUGUGGUGCCACUCCCCUGGUGAAACCCAUUCCAGGGAGCAGGACAUGGCGGCCUCGUAUGGGUAGUCGAAUCGUCGGAGGUACCCAAGUCAGCAUCUCCCAGUACCCAUGGCAGCUCUACUUCACCAUUGGCAACUACAUGUGUGGCGCCUCAAUCAUCAGCAACACCUGGGCUCUGUCUGCAGCCCACUGUGUAGACGGCUUUUCCACCAACCAGAUGCUGCUGCGCGCUGGCACCUCCACCAGGGGUAGCGGUGGCACCACUCACAACAUCGCCACCGGCUACAUACACAAAAGCUACUCUGAUCCCGACUACGACAUCGCCGUCGUGCAGGUAUCCAACGCCUUCAGCUUCAACAGCAACGUGCAGGCCGUGGGUCUGACCUCGUCAGAGCCCUCUGCCGGAACCUCAGUAACAACCACUGGCUGGGGAGCCACCUCCUACGAGGGCAGCGCCUCCAACACGCUGCUGGCGGUCACCGUCCAGAUCGUAGACCGCAACACGUGCAAUCAGGCCUACGGCAUCAUCACCAGCCGCAUGAUCUGUGCAGGAGUGAACGGAGGCGGCAAGGACGCCUGCCAGGGAGACAGCGGCGGUCCUCUGGUGUCCGGCUCCACCCAGGUGGGCAUCGUCUCCUGGGGCAAUGAGUGCGCCUUGGCCGACUAUCCUGGUGUCUACACCAAUGUAGCCAACUUGAGAUCUUGGAUCAAAGACGCUACAGGAGUUUAACUUACUGACUUGAUGUUUUUGCAUGUUAAUGUACUACUUUGUGAGCUUGCUAUCUUAAGCAGUACAAAUCUUUACGCAGUUGUUGC